UUACGACUCAAAAUUAUUGUUUUCUUAAAACGCUAAUAAUAAAAAAUUAUUAAAAAAAAAUAAUGCAACAACAGUUUAUUAAAUCGCAAAGUGCCUACAUUAUUUACAUAAAAGAGUGACUUAACAUUUGUAAUGGUUUGUUGAUGUGAAAAUUUGCAAAUAACCAAUAAAUAUGUUCCUCUAAAUUUUUACAUACUUAUGUACACAUACAUUUGUACAUGUCAAUGAAUAAUAUGACGAAAGACUAUGAUUACUUGCUUAAAGUAUUACUAGUAGGAGAUAGUGAUGUUGGAAAACAUGAAAUUUUGUCAGGAUUGGAAGAUGCAUCAUCAGAGAGCCCGUUUUGCAGUGGAAAUGCCUACAAAACAACAACGAUACUUCUGGAAGGCAAAAGAGUAAAACUACAGUUGUGGGACACAUCUGGCCAGGGGCGAUUUUGUACUAUAAUACGAUCUUACUCCAGAGGCGCACAGGGAAUAAUACUAGUUUACGACAUAACUAAUAAGUGGAGUUUUGAUGGAAUUGAUAGAUGGCUGAAGGAAGUAGAAGAGCAUGCUCCUGGUAUUCCAAAAGUUCUUGUGGGAAAUAGACUUCACUUGGCAUUCAAAAGGCAAGUUGCUGCGAAACAAGCUGAACUUUAUGCAUCUCGAAAUAAUAUGUCUUGUUUCGAAAUAUCUCCUCUUUGUGAUUUUAACAUAAGAGAAUCAUUUUGUGAAUUGGCACGAAUGGCUCUACAUAGGAAUGGCAUGGAAAGAAUAUGGAGGAAUAAUAAGGUGUUAUCUUUACAAGAGUUAUGUUGCCGUACAAUUGUCAGGCGUACCAGUGUAUAUGCAAUCGAUUCCUUACCUCUGCCUCCAUCUGUAAAAUCCACACUAAAAUCAUAUGCUCUGACUACUUCCCAGUGUUUUAAUACCUUAAGUAACAGCUCGAAAAGCAAAAAUCGAUGUAAAACACCAACAAGUAGUGGACGAAACAGUUGUUGCAUUACGUGAUUGUUUUAUACUUUUGAAUUACUUGCAUUACAAUUACAAUAAUAUACAUAUUUACAAAGUAUUUAUUUUAAUUACAUAUUAAUAGCAUUACACACUAACCUAAGUAUCUAAAGUUGUUAAUUUCAUAUUUCUGUUUACAUGAAUUUUUAUUAUUUUUUAUUGAUAAAUUAAAGAAAUACAAGCAAAAUAAGAUGUUAA